AUGAAGCGCCAAGCAGACAAGCAUCGCUCUCAACGCCAAUUCUCAGUGGGAGAUUGGGUGUUCCUCAAACUGCAGCCAUACGUGCAGUCGUCUUUGGCUCGGCGUGCCAACCUGAAACUGUCCUUUGGUUUCUUUGGCCCCUACAAAAUCUUGGCUCGAAUUGGUGCGGUCGCCGACAAGCUGGAGCUGCCAACAUCUUCCUCCAUCCACUCGGUUUUUCAUGUGUCGCAGCUUAAGGCGUCGCACGGUAAGCACUCAGUGACUGAUGAUCUCCCAGAUGAGCUUGUUCAGUUGCAGGUUCCACAGGCAAUUCUGGAUAGGCGCUGGACUUCUGGUACCUCACCUGUUGAAGAAGUUCUGGUGCAGUGGUCACGAAUGCCGCCGUCCUUGGCAACCUGGGAGCGGUUGGUGCCCCUGAGCAGUGUUUCCCGCGUGCGCCAGCCUGGGGUCAUGCCGGCUCUCAAGGAGAAAGGAUUGUCAACACUUCAUCUCCUGAUGCUCACUCUGAAGAUUCACCCAACAAGGGAGCAGGCCCGGCCCGUCCACAAGCGCCGGCCCAACGCCAAGGUCACUGGCCCAGAAUGGGAAGCGUAG